GCGGAUUCGUACUUAUUCCAGCAUAUCAGUUUAUCGUCCUUGGAAAUAUGGCCUUUUAUCGACUUCAAACGAAUAAUGAAUGAUAAAUUUCACUUCGGAGAUUUACUUGGAAUAGAUAAAAUUUGCUGGAUAUCGUUAGAAAAUUUAACGAAAACAUCUGAAUCCAAUCCGUAA